AUGUUUUUUUCGCUUCUUUUGCAUGUACGAUCUGAAAUAAAUUGUUGCUUCUUUGAAUCAGAUUCGUCACUUUGCUCUGGAACAGCAGAUUAUUACUAUACAAAGACAAAUUAUUCGGAGUUUUCGAAACUUGAUACAAAAUCUGACCUCCAGGUACAAAUAGAUGCAAUAGGAAAUAUAAACUAUGAAAUACCAUUGGAUAUAUUUAAUGUAAAUAGUUCGGUUGUCAUUCAAGGUAAAAAUUUCAAUGAAUCAAUAAUAAGAUUGAUAUCAACUCCUAUUAAGAAUCUUACAUUAGAAAAAAUGACAGUAAUAUUUACUAAUUUAACAGAUAAUGCUACAAUUAAACAACACAGAUUCAAUAUAUUCAUGUGUAGAAUACCGAAAAUGAAACAGUUAAUUUUCGAUGUUGAUGUAUUUCUUAAAAUGGAUCUAUAUUCAGCAACAAAUAUUACGAAACUUCGAUAUCAAAAAGUCCGCUUUUAUACAGAGAAUUUCGUAUCAGAACCUACUACAUUAGACCUAAAAGGACUAGGAACGUCUUCAGUUGUUUUCAAUUGGACAUUACCUCCAGGAAAUAUUACAUUUUAUAAAAAUUUGAUAAAUAUUACGCUAAAAGCUUAUCCGAACAAAUACGUUAUAAUAAAGAACGCUGAGGAUCAAGAAAUCUAUUUACACUGUCCUUUUUCAAGUAAUUUCACUUUCAUUUGUUAUCAGGCUUAUAAUAUACUCGGCGCUUAUAAGAUCACUACAGGAUUUCUUAAUGGCGGCAAUGUUGACUUCCCAGCUUGUACAUGGCCUUCUUAUCCGCAUCUUCCGUUUUAUUUAACAGGAAGAGGAAAAAUUACGAUCAAUUGCGAUACAGCUAUUUUGCCAGCCAAUGUCUAUACAAAUGACGGAGAAUUGACGCUUACAAUGAAAAGACCAGAUUCUAUCAUUUCUGGUGCACUUACAAUGGCUUCAAAAACAAGUAUCAUUGGAAACCACAUGCUUACAAUCCAAGAAUUAGAGUUCCAAAAAAAAGCUUCACUGACAAUUUCAGAUAAAUUAAUUUUGAAUUCUCCAAGAGUAACAAUGGGCACUGAUGAAUCUUUAUACUUACAAGGAACUGGAUUCUACUGUUUUGAUAAAAUUAUUAACAAAAGAACUAAUUUGACAGCACAAAUUAGUAAUUUCCAAUUUUCUUCUAAAGGAUUGACAAUAGAACUUUAUAGACGUGCAUUAACUAUUAGGAUAAGCAAUACAGGUCACUCAGAAUCUCAGGAUUUGAAGUUUUACUAUCCUGAUUUUGAAUACAACUCUUCCAUUGAUACAGAUCUCUGUACUUUUGAAAUGCCUGGUGCAGAUUCAUUACUCCCAUCCAUUGUAAGGAACUAUACAGACAUUAUUUUUGAAAAUUCUUCAUUUCUUUUCUUAGAAAAAUCAACACAAGGGAUAAAAUUGAGGGGAAUCAGGUUAGAAUCUGAUUUGUAUUCCCAAUAUUGUGUAGGAUUUAAUGAUACUGUUUGUCCGAAAAAUUCAAUUUUAUUAACUGACAAAAACAUAAGUGAAUGGCCAACGCAAGAAACAAAAUGGCUAUUUAAGUUAAAGUUCUACAUAGAUCCUAGAUAUCCAGUUGAAAAUCCAAUUUUAAACUUGGCCAACUUCAACAAAGGCUUAACUGUUACAAUUGAUGGACCAAUUAUGCUUGAUUUAACAAGUUUCAGAAUGUUACAGAAUUUAAAUGCCCAGAAUUCCAACAUUUUUAUCAAUCAUCCAGUUAUUGCUCCAUCAAUGGAACAUAUGAAGUUCAAAAACUCAACCUUGAGCCUUGAACUUACCAGAAUUCUUGGAAAAUCCAGGUAUGUCGAACUAGAUUACCAAACAGCCAAAAUCAUCUCACAAAAAUACCCUUCAAAUACGUAUGGAAAGACAUUAUACCUUAACCUUGAAGGUAGAAAUGUGACAAUUGAUAGCGAAGGUCUUUAUUUUGAUGACAUUAAACUUUAUUCACCAAGAAUUAGACUAAUAACUGAUGGAAAACCUCUUAGAAUCGUAGGAAAUCAGAUUAAUAUGACAAAAACGUUUAGUUUGUCCAUAGAAGAUAGUCCAAGUAAGUUAAUUCUUGAAGGAAGAUUUGAUAAGGAGUUUCAGAUCAAUAUUACUGACUACUGCUCCAAUAUCAUAUCAAAUACAGAGGAUAUACCAUUCUAUAUUACAACAAAUAAGCCAAACCAAACAAUUAAUUUCAGAUCCAAUCGAAAUUACUUUAUUUUUAGCUCAACUGUUGACUUUAAUGGAAACAUCAAGUUCGAAAUACCUUAUGAUGCCGAACUGAGCUUCGAUGAGCUAAUAAUGAGUGAACAUACAGUUUUGACAGUUCCAGAAGAAAAUGUUAACCAAAUAUAUGUCAAUAACUUGAUUAUUAACAGUUCAUUCAUUAAUUUGUCAACAAAUGAGUUCGAAACAACGAAUUUUACUGUUCAUCAACUUGGAUCUGAAGUUUAUAUCAAGAGGAUCUCUUACUAUUCGAAAUUUACCAUUAACUAUAGAUUUAGAAUGACUCAGAUGCCGUUUUUAGUAAUAGAUCCCUCAAUUAAAUUAGAAAAUAUAAUAUUUAACUUUAGUUAUGACGAAUCUUCACUUGAAACUGACAUGCAAAUGAUUAAGAAUAAUCCAGAAAUGUAUUAUGAACCUAUUCCAAUCAUUUGCGGUCAAAAAAUCAACUGCACAAACUGGGAAUCGAAAUUUAACAAUGAAUUUUUCGAUAAUUACUCAGAUACUAUGUGCUCUAUUGAUGAAGAUUAUGGAUACUGCUAUUCUUUAGUCAUUCCAGAACGUGUUUCACAUAGAAACAAGCUUCUUCUUUUAGGAUUUGGCUCAGUCGGUGGAGUUUUCUUCAUUUUUAUGGUUGUACUGCUAGGAAGAUACAUAUAUGAUUCAAAGAAGGCUAAGCAAAGUCUUUCAGCUAAGUCAGGAUUCUCAAUAAUUCCUUAA